GCGUUAGUUUGGCGUAGUGUAAUUUCCAAACUUGAUUGUUUUUUUGACAAAAUUGGCCCCCCUUGUUUGACUGAAGGUGUAAAUAUGAAAGCGACUGGUUGUGGUACUCUACCAGAAUUGCAAUGUGCUAUUUGUGCUCAGGCUAGUCAUGGAUGUCAUUUCGGUGUUGUUGCCUGCCGACCGUGUGCUGCUUUCUUUAGAAGGUGUGUAAUUGAAAAUCGUACUUAUAAUUGUCUUAGAGGAACAAAUAAAUGUGAUAUUCGUGAAGGACAUCGAAAUGCUUGCAAAGCAUGUCGCUUACGUCUUUGUCGUCAGGCUGGGAUGAAUUAUAACUUUUCUUCUAUUGAAGAUAAUGACAAAGAUUUAUCAUUUCCAUUUCAAAAUGAUUUACAAGUUACUGCUACUGGAAAUAUUGACGAUUUUACACAAAUUCAAUCAGAUUCAAAACCUUUGUAUUUUACAAUGUUGAAUGACGGAUUUCAGAUAUUUUCACAAAUGGAAAAUAAGACAAAGCUAACAAUUCUUGAUUGUAGCUAUAGACAAUUUACAAUGCUUCAUUCCUGUUAUUUAACACUUUCCCAAUUCCCUGAUAUUGAGGAUAACCGUUUUGUUGUCAAUUUUGGUUAUGUUAUUAAUAUCGAUGAAUUAGACGGGUUUAUUGAACAAUUGGCAAAAGACAAACCUAAUCCUGAGGAAUAUAUUCGUCUGAAAAAGCCUUUAAUGGAGAAAUACUACAAAUUCAUUAGCAACUUAAAGAAAUUUCCAGAAGGCAUUAAACAGCAGGAUAUUUGUGCAAUGAUGGCUGUAACAAUUUGGAAUAUUACCCAACAAGAAUUUGGACAAACAAAAAUAAAUAAGGAUUUACCGGAAUGGGUACGAUUUAAAGAAACUUUCCUUUCAGAAUGGUUAGCGGAUUUGACAAUGAGGUUUGACAAUAAAACACAUGAACCGGCAAUCUUAAUGGCGCAAUUGCUUUGUAAAUUGGUGGAAUUAAAUUCAAUAGCAUCAGCAUUGGAAGGGACCACAAUACUUCCUGACUUUCAACCACCACAUUUGUGA